AUGUCUGACUACGAUCUUCAGUUUCAAGCGGAUUUGGAGAAGGCCCAGGCUUUGAGUUUAGAAAGUCUUGCUUUGGAUCAGUUCCGUAGACAGAAGCUACUGUCUAGCGCAGAUAAUGUCCGCGAGGUGGCUAGUGUUAGUGGCCGACGGCGUGAGGAGACCGACGGGCCGCCGCCUGCGCUGCCACCGCCGCCGCGCAAGUCUCCACGAGGACGAACCUCCAUCUCUGACGGUCCCAGAUCUACUGGAACCAGUCCAACGAGGGAGGAGACGAGCGACUUGAUAUCAUUUUCGAGUCCUACUAGUAAACAUGCGCCUAAAGAACCGCAUGUCAAGCUAAAGGAAUACAUCGAUCAGAUCACUAAGUUAAGUCAGCAGACUGAGGAAGUAGCGUCAAACACAACAGAACAGGGCGGCACAAUGAACAAUCAGCAUUAUAAUCAGCGGCCGGGGUACUACGCGCCUCAGUACGCGUACAACUACCAGCCGCCUUACGCUCCCAUACCGCCGUAUCCGACGACACCGUAUGGGAUGCCAACUCCAAUGCCAAUGCCAACGCCAAUGCCUGGCACUAUCCCCGGAGCCAUGCCCGCACCAAUACCAACACCCUACCCAUACUACGCGCCACCACCAAUGGCCAACCCAUCAGAAAUGCCGCCAACAUACGUCCACGUUAACCCAAUGUACUCAGUACCCUACACCCAAACGCGAAUGGCAUCUCCGUCCCCAUAUGCGUACCCAGUGCCAUCUGCAUAUAACUAUAGCACAACAAAUAUGAUCUCGCGGCCUCCGAGGCCGGUGACCGCAAUAUAUCCACAGUUGAAUCAGACACAUACGUACCCGGCUGUCCCGAGGAAUCCCGUAAAUAAUCCUGUGAACAAUCCCGCAAAUAAUAAUGCAAGUGUGAACAAUAACAAUAAUAGUGUAAACCAAAGUCAGCCGCCUGCUAGGACGGAGCCGGUGAAGGAGAAAGUUGAAAACAAUAGUUCCAGGAAGGCAUCGGAAGCUAGCAUUGCGUCAAACGAAACGAGUGACACACUAGGAAGUCUCCCACAUUCGAUGAACCUGAUCGACUUCGGCCGCAACACUGCGCAAGGUAGCGUAAGAGUCAGUGUGCUUGAAGCGUUUGAUCCACUACUAACUGAGAAAAAUAUAACCGGUCAAAAUAACAAUUUCCAAAAAACAGAACAUGCGGCGGUUUCAAGCGAGUGUUCAAGCAGUGUUUAUGAAGAGUACGACCCAUUGGACUUUCUGUAUGGAGAGACAGAGAUGCGAGAUGCUGUUUAUGCGACGAUUAAUAAGAAGGAUCCCAUGUUGCCUUCACCGCCUCCCAAGUCAAUACCGAGCGUGCCUGCGGUCGCUAUGAGAUCUACUACCAAUAAACUCUACGACUGUAUAGUGAAAUCAAGAACAAAGAACUACGAUAAUGAACACAAAUCCUUCCUCAAAAUGGUUCUCGAUGUCAGAAAAAGAUUCGUAUAUUCAGACGAGAAAACGAACCCGGGGUAUGUGAUAGCGGCCCGGUCGGGCGGCAAGUACCCACCGAACACAAGUAUCAAGAUUCUAGUCCACCACGCUCAUUCCGACGAACCCAUCACUUUUACUUCAGAUGUGGAAUCGACCGUGGAACAUGUGAUAUUAACUGUAGUGUGUUCUCUAGACGAGGACAUUAGAGAAGAUAUGUCUGAAUAUAUGUUGCGGGUAAGAGGAGCCAAAGAAUAUUUAACGCCGGGCAGUUCGUUAAGCGAGUACGAUUACAUUCGAGAAUGCGUCCGUUUAGAGAAGGACGUCUCGCUAUGUUUGGCUGAAGGCCGUGAUAAUGUACUCGCGAGGACUGAGAGGGAUGAUGCGAGGGAUUCGCAUCUUACAUUAGACGAUCUAUUGCCUUGUCAUGGAACCACUGCGCAGCUGUCCUUUGAUAAUCUUUCUAUUUUGUUAGAGACGCUAGAAGGCGAGUUAUCCCGCGCAGUGGGUGUGACGGGCGCGGAAGGUAGUUGUUCCCCGAAGGCAGUGUUCCAGGCCGUGAAGGCCAUCUGCGCGCUGGCCGGCGGAGUCGAGACGCUGCACGUCACUCAUACACUCAAUGCCUUCGCGCAGGCUUGUACGUCUCCGAGCAACAAAAACGGCGUAACCCCAGAAAUAGAAGCGGACAAAGGUCCGUACUGCUCAGUGUCCCUGCGCGGCGCGACGCGGCGCGAGGUGGUGUCGGCGCAGUGCGCGCGCGUGCGGGACGCCGUGCGGGCACUGCUCGCGCUCUACGGACGGACCAGGCUGCUGGACUUCCAUCUCACUGACACACAGUACCUCACGCCUAAUAAUACUACCAAAGCGGUCCCAGCGCACACGAUAUCAGAAGCAACACUAUUCUGUAUAGAGGCAGUGCACUGCUUACCUCUAUGUUGGAACCACGACGACUAUCUGUUCCAAGCUCAAGUGUUCUACGGGACCCGGCCUUUGAAGUCAUUACAUGUUACUCAGCCGUCUAGGAUAGAAUGUGGUGGUUUCUAUCCCAGAAUCAUUUUUGAUACUUGGUUAAACCUAGAAGACGUGCCAGUGAACACGUUACCGCGCGAGUCUCGUCUGGUAAUGACGCUGUACGGACGGUCACAGCGCGCGGUGGACGGCCAUGACAGCCAGGCGCAGGACUCGGAGGAAAUCAAUAUGAAUAUACAGUACGAUCUGGUGGAACUGGGCUGGGCUGCUAUACAGAUGUUCGAUUUUGAUGGUAUGCUAGCGUCAGGUAACUACGUGUUGCCCCUAUGGCCGACAUACUGCGACCGACGCAUCGGUCCGGCGCCGCAUCCCAUGCACUCGCCCACCGGGACCUUCCCUGUUGUUAAUAUUGAAAUCCCACUAUACGCUCACAACGGCGUGAAAUGGACGAACGGUGAAGAGGGUAGGCAGAGAAAGCUGACUCAGGAGGACCUGCCCAAGUUCGACAGUUUGGACGGACACACGCAGUCACAGCUACUCGCACUCAUAGAGCAGGGAGCUUACCAGAGGAUGCCUAGCGAAUGUAGAGAGAUAAUGUGGGAAAAACGUCAAUACCUGGUACAGUUGGCUGGAGCGUUGCCUCUAGUGUUGAUGGCAGCUACGAACUGGUACGGCGAGCAUAGAGAACAUCUCAUCGCUCUACUGAACCUAUGGGAGAAACCGUCGCCGUUGAAUGCCAUGCAUUUACUGUUGCCUUGCUUCCCUGACCACGCGGUCCGUGAGACGGCAACGCGUCUUAUCAACGAGAUGUCGGACGACGAUCUAUGUCGCGUCAUGCCUCAACUAGUGCAGGCGUUACGUCAUGAGACAUACGAGGCCAGUCCUGUUGCAGAAUUAUUGUUAUCUCGUGCACUCUCCGCGCCUGCGGUAGCGCAUCGAUUGUUUUGGCUGCUAGUCCAUUCGUUACCAAAUGUACCUCAAGCGCCUAACCAGGAGUUCUUAGGCAUCAGUCUUGAAGAAGGAGCCCAAGAGUCAGCAGAGAGUGACGCGGGCACCGCGGCCACGUGGCGGUACAGGUUGUUACUGCGAGCCUUACUGGCUACUGCCGGGCAUAGUCUGCAUCAUACGUUGUUACGGCAACAACUGCUUGUUAAGACGCUGUCGGAGGUGGCGCAGGGCGUGAAGGACGCGAAGGAGACAGGGCGCGGGCGCGCGCUGACGAGCGGCGGCGAGCGCCUGGCCGCGUUACUGCGCGCGCAGCCAGCCGCGCUGCCACUCGCGCUGCACAAGUACGUGCACGACGUCGACGUCAAGUCUUGUAUGUACUUCGCUUCGAAUACUCUACCGCUCAAGAUAAACUUCAUCGGCAACGAUAAUGCAGUGAUACCGGCUAUGUUCAAGGUUGGAGACGAUUUAAGGCAGGACGCUUUAGUUUUACAAGUGAUCAAAGUAAUGGACAGUUUGUGGCUCAAGGCUGGCCUGGAUCUCCGGAUGGUCACCUUCCAAGCUCUCCCUACUAGCGACAAAAGAGGUAUGAUUGAAAUCGUCUCCGAGGCGGAAACUCUUCGCGCUAUUCAAACGGAAUGGGGAUUAACAGGAUCUUUCAAGGAUAAACCCAUAGCAGAAUGGUUGGCGAAACACAAUCCUUCUGAAUUGGAGUAUCAACGGGCAAGGGAUAACUUUACAGCAUCAUGUGCCGGGUACAGUGUAGCGACAUAUCUCUUGGGCAUCUGUGACCGACACAACGACAACAUCAUGUUGAAGACGUCCGGACAUCUCUUCCAUAUAGACUUCGGGAAGUUCCUCGGUGACGCACAGAUGUUCGGCAACUUUAAGAGGGACCGAGCGCCUUUCGUGCUGACCCACGACAUGGUGUACGUGAUCAAUGGCGGGGAGCGUCCUACGCAACGGUUCCAACACUUCGUGGAGCUGUGCUGCAUGGCAUUUAACGUCGUACGGGCGCAUCACGAUCAUAUACUCGAUCUGUUCGCACUGAUGGCGCUGUCGGGCGUGUCGGGCGUGACGAGCGCGGCGGUGGGCUACGUCCGCGCGGCGCUGCUGCCGGCCGCCACCAACGCGGAGGCGGCCGCCGCCUUCGCCAGGCUCAUACACUCCUCGCUUAAGAGCAAAUUCACACCAAUCAACUUCUUCCUCCACAACUUGGCCCAGCUACGCGCGAGUGGCGAUCAAAGCAAUAAUACUAGCGAACUGCUAUCGUUCAUGCCUCGCACGUAUACUAUGGCACAAGAAGGUCGGCUAAUAAGUGUGGAAUGUCUCGGCUAUGAGAAGCGUUAUGACCCGGAAAAGCACUACGUGUACGCACUGCGCAUCUUCAGACAGGGCCAGGCGACGCCAUUCGUACUGUACAGGUCCUACAAACAUUUCACAGAGCUAUACCAGAAGAUUUGUCUUCACUUCCCUCUUGCUAAAGUACACAGUUUACCAUCCGGCCUAUACGUUGGUCGUUCGAACACCCGUCAGGUAGCAGAGCGUCGGUUUGGUGACGUGCAAGCGUUCUUGACGUCAUUGUUCAGUUUAGCGGACGAGAUCGCUCACUCCGAUCUGGUGUACACGUUCUUCCAUCCGCUGCUGAGAGACCAGCAGGACGUCGAGCCACAGAGGAGGAGAGGUGAAACGGCGGAACCAGAGAACAGUGGCUCUGGUUCAUUGAAGCUAUCCGUGCAGUAUGCAAGUGGAGUGCUCUCCGUUUUGAUAUUGCACGCACAGUCGCUCGCCUUGACUCCACAGGGCCUGCCGCCUAACCCCUAUGUUAAGGUCUACCUCGUACCUGAUCCAACAAAAGAAACGAAGAGAAAGACACGCGUUCUCAAACGUAACUCCCAUCCAUCGUUCAUGGAGAUGUUAGAAUACAGACUACCAAUGGAAGUGGUCGUCCAACGGAGCCUUCAAGCCACAGUGUGGAACUAUGACUCGUUACAGGAAAACCAGUUCUUAGGCGGCGUUGUCAUUCCGCUGAACACGUUGCCGCUCCGUCAAGAGACUGUAGCCUGGUAUCCUUUAGAGUAUAUACCUCGGUAG